CAGAGAGAGAUGAAUCUACUCCAGAUUGGCACUCAGAGAAACAGCACUGUAUCGACCUGGCUGGCGAAAUUUACUCUUCUUUGGCUGCUUAGUCGGAACUGCUGCAGAGCCAGCGCUGUUUGGACCGCUUACAUGAACAUAUCAUUUCAUGUUGGGAAUCGCAUGCUGUCAGAGUUGGGGGAAACUGGAGUAUUUGGAAGAAGCUCCACUCUGAAGAGAGUGUCCGGAGUUAUUGUGCCACCGGAUGGAAAAUCGCAAUAUGCCUGCAAUCCCAGUACCAGCUUCAGCAGAUCGAAGAACUCAAAGGUGUGGCUCGCACUUGUUGAACGGGGAGGUUGUCCCUUCACACAGAAAAUUAAGGUGGCCGUUGAGAAGGGAGCCAGCGGAGUGAUCGUCUACAACUUCCCAGGGACCGGCAACCAGAUUUUCCCCAUGUCUCAUCAGGCCUUUGAGGACAUUGUGGUCUUGAUGAUUGGUAACUUAAAAGGCAUGGAGAUUCUGCACUUGAUUAGGAAGGGAGUUCAUGUUACAGUCAUGGUGGAGAUGGGGAGGAAACACAUCAUCUGGAUGAACCACUAUUUUGUCUCUUUUUUGAUUGUCAGCACCGCUACGUUUACGUACUUCAUCUUUUAUCAUAUUCGAAGACUUUGGGUAGCCAGGGUUCAGAGCAGGAGAUGGCUGCGCUUGGCAACAGAUCUCAAGCUAGCGUUUGGCCAGCUUCAGCUCCGGGUGCUGAAAGAAGGGGAUGAGGAAGUAAGUCCCAACGGAGACAGCUGUGUAGUUUGCUUCGAGCUCUACAAGCCUAAUGACACAAUUCGUAUUCUGACUUGCAAACAUUUUUUCCACAAGAAUUGCAUCGACCCCUGGAUUCUGUCACAUGGAACAUGCCCCAUGUGCAAGUGUGACAUUCUUAAUGCUUUGGGAAUCCGAGUGGAUGUUGAAGACGGAACACAGUCACUGCAAGUUCUGAUGUCAAAUGAAUGGCCUGGUAUUUUAACAGCUAGUGAAGAGGGGACUACUAGUGAACUUGCUCCUGCAAGGCAGCCAGCUAAAGCGACCCACGUGGGAGAGGCGGCGGAGCGUCCUCCUUCCCCGAAUGACAGCCAGCCUAACUCGGCAGAAGACGUUCUUGAUAGCAUGACCUUUGAGGAAGCGGAUUAA